AUGCCUCAAUCAAGUUCUUCGGUAUCAAGCCUGGAGAACCGCAACGAAGAAAUAGUAAUUCGUCAAAUUUUCUAUCAUUCUCCCGAAGGCCAAGCCAUAUCCGAUGAAGAUAUUUUCCGAGAAGAAAAUUUACAACACAACAUCAGUCGUCAUGAAAUGCGUAUUGGUGGUGGGGCAGAGCUAAGUGAGACCUCGGAAGAACAUCUUUCGUUGAAUGAAGAACCCGAAGAGGAACCAUAUCGUCUAAAACCCAUAUCACCUUUGCAAAAAAAUUUAAGGACCUUUAUACGUUAUCUCACACAAUUGCUGCUGAUAAUUUGUUGGCUGGUGUUUACCUAUUAUUUGAUGAACUAUCCGGAACGGGAGAGGGAAAUGGUGUUAUUAAGUGUGCCUGCGAAGGAGGGGGUGAUAUAUGAAUUGCCCAAGGAUUUAAAGGGUUUCGGAUUGGUGGUGAAUUUGCGAGGACCUUUUGCGAGGGAGAGCUUUAGAGAAAAUGCUUUGCAAUUUGCGGAUCAUCAGAAGCCCUUCUUGAGUUUACUGUUACAGGAAACCAUGACUGAUUUGAAUCCCCUCAAAAAUAUAUCCCAAGUGUAUAAUUUGCUGAUCAAGGAAAAUUCCUUGGAUAUAAAAGAAAUGGAAAAAGUGUUGGAUUUCUAUGGCAGCACCAGAAAAUAUCAGCUCUUAUUCUUUAGCAAUUCCUUAGAAAUAAUUGCCCUGGAAUUAUUUGCAGCCCCUGUGUACGCUCCCAAAACCUCAAUCAUCAUCUGGGGACUUAUACUUUUUGCUAUAAUUUAUUUUGUAAUGACCUCGGAUUUAUUACACCACACCUUUGCUGCCAUUAUCUGCAGUUCCCUGGCCACUGGCAUUGUGGCUGCCGUCCAUAUCCGACCCUCUCUGGAAGAGGUAUUCCAUAGCAUUGAAUUCGAUGUGAUCAUGGCAUUUUUUGGCAUCUCUCUUAUCAUGGAAAUUUUGGCUGAGACGGGACUGCAAGACUAUCUAGCGGCCUGGAGUUAUGAAAUGGCCAAUGGUCACAUAUGGCCUUUGCUGAAUGUUUUAUUUCUCACCUCUAUGGGACUGGCUCUCAUAUUCGAUGACCUCAGUUUGAUUUUGUUUCUCACACCCAUUUGCCUACGGCUUUGUGAAAUAAUGCAUUUAAAUUGUGCGCCGGUACUAAGCUGUCUUAUCAUUGCCAUUAAUUUAGGUUGCUCCCUAACGCCAUCGAGUUCCAUUACGAAUUAUCUCAUCUAUCACCACCAAGACCUAGACCCGAAAAUCUCCUCAUCUGGAUCCUUUAUGCUACACAUGUUACCCGCUUCAUUGCUAACCUUGCUGCAAUCCUACAUCCAUCUACGUCUGCAAUUUCUCAACUCCGCCCAAAUUGGCACCAAAGAACCCCUGCAGGUUGAGAGAUUAAAACGUCUGACUCGUGUGUGGCGUAAAGUUUCCGAUCGUAUGGGUGCCUAUUCGCUGGAUGAACGUUCGGCCAAAGAUACUGUGGAUACACGCAUUAGGAGUUUAAGAAAACGUCUGAAGCGUUUGGGCAGAAUGCCGGAGCCACCCUCGGGUUUCAAAGAGAAAGUUUUGAAGUUACGGCAAAAUUUCCACAUCAAGAAGCUGCCACUUCUCACAGCCUGCCUUGCAGCUAUUUUUGUGCGGUUUUUCUUCACAAUUUUGAAUGGAAGUUUUAAUUCGAUUGCAAUAUCUCUGGGCUGGGUAUCGAUCUUGGCAGCUCUGUUAUGCUUCAGCCUCUGCAAUUAUGAGGACUUGGAAGGAGUUUUGGGACGCAUUGAUUGGGCCUCGAUGCUGUUUAUUUCCGCCCUAUUUAUUAUUAUAAAUAUGCUGGGGAAACUGGGCCUGCCCGAAGCCAUUGGUUUAAUGAUGGAACAAACAUUAGAGGGUUUGGAAAACAAAUAUCGCCUAACAGUUGCAAUUUUAUCCAUACUCGGAAUCUCCUCCGGUCUCAGCCUUUUUCUAAGCAAUGUGAGUCUGAUCAAUAUACUGCUACCUAUCAUUGCAACCUUAGCCAGGAAUGAGCAACUGAAUUUACCUCUAAUGCCUUUGGUGUGGUCUUUGGCAUUGGGUUGCAGCUUGGGCGCCAAUGCUAGCCUUGUGUCGGGCGUAGUUAAUAUUGCCUGUGCCGGAGUUGCCUCUAAGCACGGCUAUUCUAUAACGGAAUGGUUGCGUAUGCAUAUGAUCAAUGAUUAUACGCCCUCGAAUGUAGUGUGA